AGUAUAUCCAUACACGUGUAGAUUUUGACAACCUUGAAAAGACUACAAAACAACUACCUGGCAGCUGUUUUGGAACAAACCUUUCCAGUGAUGCCAGUAACAAGACUACUAUACCCUCUCUACCAGUUGGGAAACCCUCAGCUGAGGAUCUUCAGACCCAGCUGGUUCUUGACUCUGGUGAGGCCGGGAAAAGAGCAGCCUCCUGACACUGUCCAGUUUCGCAUCCCAAUGGAAAUGACCAAGUGUGACAUAAAGAACUACCUGGAGAAGAUCUAUAACGUCCCUGUAGGAGCAGUCCGCACCAGGAUACAGUUUGGCUCCAACAAGAAGAGGAAUCAUCUCAACCAGAAGGUUAAGCAGCCUGACUAUAAAGUAGCCUACGUUCAGCUGGCCCAGAGCCAGACGUUCAACUUCCCAGACAUCUUCCCAGAAAAGGAGCAGACGCCCGCGGAGGGCUCCAUGGAGGAGAUGCAGGAGAAGUUCAUAGAGGACGAGAAGCAGAGGCAGAAACUCGACCCCAGGAGAGGAGGGGUCACGGAGUGGUUCGGACUGUGAGACAGCCCACUGACCGGGAACUCUGUGCUCAUAUGGUGCGGUGUGGGUGUUUCUUUGGGAGCACCAUGUAUUGACUUACGCCACUGUUGUGAUGUCACUUCUAUUUCUGUAAGAAAAAGUCACAAGUGUGUAGUGAAGAGUGAGCAACUGUGGGUGGGAGACUGGAGUUGUGUAUGUAUGUGUGUGUGUUUGUAAGGCUUGGGUCCAGUAACCCGAGCCAGAACAGAAUCGCAGGAGGAGGAGAGUGGCCCGGCUCCAUCUUUCAAGAAACCAGCCCACAGUACAGAAUCGCCAUCACCUCAGAUGACCUCCUCUCCUUCCUCCUCCCACCCUUCCUGUUCCACCUCCUUCUCCAAUAUACCCCUCCUGUUUGACACUAGUACCUCCGCACCUCUUCUGUCUUUGUCUCGUCUCCUUGGGAGUGUCCUUUCCUUCCUUGUAUGUCUCCUCUGCUGUCCCUCCUUCUCCUUGUCCCUCUCCUACGCUCCUCUUCCUCUACCACGCUGGGUAGGGGUAUAUUGUGGCAUCCCUAGUAGCCCUGACUCUCAGCCAGUUGGAUCCGACUACCUGGACAACCCACAUCCUUUCCUCUUUUAUGAGUUUGCCUUGGAUUAAUUGACCACUUUAGGUAAACAACAAUUGAGAUGUUGUUUCAGCAAAGCAACGACAAGGAAUUUGCUGGAGUGUUUUAUUAUUUUGCGGUAGCACCUCUUGCCAUAACUCCUGAGCGAUUGUACCCAGUGUUUGUGUGUGUUUGCUUAGCGUGCAGGACUUGCCAGUGAAUCUGUCUAAUUGUAAGAGCUGUUGGAAUAAGAACUAAUAAAUGGUCACUUGUCCAAAAGUG